AUGUCAUCACGCCAAAGACAGUAUUUCUGUGACUGCCGAUCAACUCGCACCGCAUCAUUUGCUGUGUCCGUAUCAACAAUGAGUGCAGGGGUAGUGAUGUGGAUAGUGUUCAUUCUGGCCCUACUGGUGGACUCGUCGAUGGCACAGGGUAAAAAGUUGGUUUGCAGUUAUGAUCCCACCAAAGCUCUCCAGAUCGGUUACCAACCGGAGUACAUACCGCUGGAAGUUUGCACACACGUGAUCUUCCAAGCGUUCGACUUCCCAAGAUUCGUCGGUCGGCAGAUGCUGUUCAGUGACAACGAUAAAAUAGCGUUCAGUAAGGUCAUUACAAGUGUACGGCAGCGAUCGAAUACGGUUCGAGUUAUUGCGUCGAUCAUUGGAUCUGCCCAAGACUACACGGCAACUUCCGGUACGAUAGUGCGCAGGAAAGCUUUCGUACAAGCCGCCAUAUCAUUGCUUCUUGAGCUGGAUGCAGAUGCGAUUGAACUUAACUGGCGUUCACCGGGCAACAGUAAUGCUGGACAUGGUAAUGGGCUCGAUCGCGUCACGAUGGUAUCACUACUGCAAGAUCUCCGACAGGCGGUCAUUUCUGCCAGUAAAAACAUAAGGUAUCGCAACCGGGAACUAUGGUUCCGUGGAUCGCUUCAUCUCAAUGUGGUCUUCGAAGCGUACAAUGUGUUUGAUAUUUGUGAGCUGGUCGAUCACGUCACACUCGAUUCAGAUACGGUCCCAUCGUUAGGAGAAGUCCAUGCACCCUUGUACAGUAAACCAAUCGUAUCACCCGUGUACGUACCAUGGCUAGACACAAGGGUAAUCGAUCCUAUGAAUGGUUUGAACACUACCACGCAGCGCUGGAUUGAUGAAGGAUGUCCCCCAAGGAAGCUGUUGUUUGGAAUCGGUCUACACGGUGUCCGUAAGGCUUACUCGUCGAGUAUGAGAUCAUUUUUCGGUAGCGGAUUCGGCCCUGCCAAAUCGACGUAUCUGGAGCAACAUGAGCUUUGCGUCACAAUACGGCAAGGAGGCUGGAAAUAUGCGUGGGAUCAGUAUGGUGCCAUGCCGUAUGCGACUAGAGCGUUACAGAAUGGACAGGAGGAGCACAUCAGCUAUGAGGAUUUGAACUCGCUACGCUACAAGAUGGAUAUGGUUGAGGCGAAGCGUUUCGGUGGUAUCUAUAUAGAGCAUAUACAUUCCGACGACAUUUACGGAAGAUGUGGUCAGGCGUACUCACUGACGGCCUACCUAGCUAGCAGAGUGCGUUCGAUUCCUUCUGAUAUUGGGUUUGCUGUCGAGUGGAACUAA